UGUAAACACCAAACUAACAACCUAGCACGGCACUGUUUUUAUAAGAAUAUGUUGUGAUGGAUUACUUAUUCAGUUGUUUAGAUAGGUUUUCAAUGAACGAUAGCUAUGUGUUUUGUUAAGCCAUAAACAGAAGAAAUCCAUCUGUGAGCAAGGCCUUCAAGUUAGCAAAUCAGACUAGCGUUUGAUGUGUGGCUAGCUCUCAAGCUAGCUAGCCAGCUAGCUAGCGUUUCUGGCAAGGUUUGUAGCUUGUUAGCUAGCUAUAACGUUGGCUAUGACUAUGCAAGGGGAAACCGCCACGGCAAUACGAAUAUCGGACAGUGAAGGGAAACUGGAUGUCUUUCCCCAGAAAGGGACGCCUGGUAGUACUGUGAGAGGGAGUUCUAAAGGCUGGCAGUACAGUGACCACAUGGAAAAUAUUGAUGGUUACCUGAUGAAAUACACCAACCUGGUAACAGGAUGGCAAUAUAGGUUCUUUGUCCUCAACAAUGAGGCAGGGUUGUUGGAGUACUUUGUCAAUGAGCAGUCCAGGCCCCAGAAACCUCGCGGGACACUCCCCUUGGCAGGGGCGGUCAUAUCCCCCAGCGACGAGGACUCCCACACCUUCACGGUCAAUGCCAUAAGUGGGGAACAAUACAAGCUCCGAGCCACAGAUGCCAAAGAGAGACAGCAUUGGGUGAGCCGGCUGCAGAUCUGCACGCAACACCACACUGAGGCCAUGGGGAAGAGUAACCCUCCGCCCAAGUCUCGCAGCUACUCCAUGGCGUCUCAAGGGAGCGCCAGCUCACCCCUGUCCCAGCGCAGGCCUAGCCAGCUCCAGAACCAGAACGCUGCCUCCUUCUUCAGCAUGACUCAGCUCCACAAGGGCUCCUCGCUGUACUCCUCCAAGAGGUCCCUGCUGCCCGACCAUCUGCUUGAUGCCAGAGAGAUGAUGACCCAGGCCCAGGGCCAGCACCGAGACCUGAUCCAGACCAUCGAGGGCCUGCCCCCGGCCACGGGCCCCCUCUCCCCGCUGGACCAGGACCUGCUGAUGCUCAAGGCCACCUCCAUGGCCACCAUGAACUGCCUCAACGAUUGCCUGCACAUCCUGCAGCUGCAGCAGCUGGCCCGCCAGAGGAGCUCCCUGGGAGGGCCCACCAUCGAGUGGCUGGAGCCCAAGCUGCCGGACAUCCUGAAGAACGGCGGGCCCUUGGACAGCUUCAGCACCGAGGGAGGGCUGCUGGAGGGCGGCCUCCUGGAGCUGAGUGCCACGGAGCCCAGCAGUUUCUCUGGGGAGGAGAUUGACGGGGAGGACGAGGUGGAGGACGCCUUCACGGAAAAGGAGGAGGAACUGCUGGCGGUGGAGGAGGAGCGCAGUGUCGUCCUACACCUGCUCUCGCAGCUCAAGCUGGGGAUGGACCUCACGCGGGUGGUGCUGCCCACCUUCAUCCUGGAGAAGCGCUCCUUGCUAGAGAUGUACGCUGACUUCAUGUCCCACCCGGACCUGUUCGUAGCCAUCACAGACGGCCGAGGGCCCGAGGAGCGCAUGGUGCGCUUCGUCGAGUACUACCUCACCUCCUUCCACGAAGGCCGCAAGGACGCCAUCGCCAAGAAGCCCUACAACCCCAUCAUCGGCGAGAGCUUCCACUGCUCCUGGAAGGUGCCCAGGUCCGGGGAACCGGCCAAGGAUGCCCCCUCGCUCUCCUCUCCUCCCCAGGGAAGCCCCACCACCGAGGGGGAGGACGGCAGUUACCAGUUGCGCUUCGUGGCUGAGCAGGUGUCCCACCACCCGCCCGUGUCGGGCUUCUAUGCCGAGUGCCUCGAGAGGCAGAUGUGCGUCAACACCCACGUGUGGACCAAGAGCAAGUUCAUGGGCAUGUCCAUCGGGGUGUCCAUGAUCGGGGAAGGCUGCCUGUACCUGCUGGAGCAUGACGAGGAGUACAUGUUCACGCUGCCCUGUGCCUACGCCCGCUCCAUCCUUACCGUGCCCUGGGUGGAAUUGGGGGGAAAGGUAAAUGUAAACUGCACCAAGUCGGGAUACUCCGCAGUCAUCACCUUCCAGACCAAGCCCUUCUACGGAGGCAAACUGCACAAGGUGACGGCGGAGGUAAAGCACAACGCCACCAACGCCGUGGUGUGCCGCGUGCAGGGCGAGUGGAACGGCGUGCUCGAGUUCAGCUACCAGAAUGGCGACACGCGCAUGGUGGACGUCACCAAGCUGCCCGUCACCAAGAAGCGGGUGCGCCCCAACGAGAAGCAAGGACCAACUGAAUCAAGGCGCCUGUGGCAGCACGUGACUGAGUCACUACGUCAGAAGGACAUUGAGAAGGCCACGGAGUACAAGAGGAUCCUGGAGGAGAGACAGAGGACCGAGGAGAGACACCGCACUGAGACCGAGACCCCAUGGAGGACCAGAUAUUUUGAAAGCGAGGGCGAAGGCUGGAUGUAUCACAAACCACUGUGGAAAACACCCACUCUGAAAACUUAGUCCUACCGGUCAGCGAGAUCCCAUCAUCGAUAACGGGCGUAGCCACGAGACUGACGCUCUCUUUUGGUUUGUGUGUGUGGGGUUAUUUCCUAAACGGUCGAGGUAAAGCGCGACCUCCACUUACAUGCAUACGGAUGCAAAAGUAUUGGGGAAGCCCUGUAACGUGACGACAGGCUAUAUAGUUUCAUCUCACGCUCGCUGUACAGGCUUUUGUACUGGUCACUUUUUGUAAAAUCCACUCUGAAUGAGGACAUGUCUCCUCGUACAGAUAAAAGGUACUCCAUUCACGCCGCCUUAACAAUCGUAUGACGCCGCGCUCGUUUGGAUUGUUUAAAGUGUUCAAGAAUCACGAUUCAGCAGAGGGAGUUUUUAUUUUACAGUGAUGUCGCACACGAGACCGAGAAUCGAAGUGCAUCUUUCUAAGUACACAAUUGACAUUCAAUGGUGUGAACUGGAUAGCCAUACUUUGGGACAUAAUGGGCAAGGCCCGGGUCAUGUUCAUUAGGGCAUGUGACAGAAUGUUUUAAAACGCAUUACAAUGGAAAAUGAGUUCUUAUUGGAUAAGUGCAUAGUCCCUCCCUGUUUCAGUGAGUUUAAUUCCGUUUGGUGCCUAAUGACACAGCUUGAAUAAGACGCACACAACCUGUCACUACAAUGAACAAGUUUAAAAUGGGGACAAUGUUCCUGAAUUCAUACUGUAGGUAAUGAAUGACAUUACUCCUUUGGUUUUGCUCAGACGUCUCCAUUUGGAUGAUUCCUUUGUUCAGAAUGAUUGACAAGGCUUGGCAUGAUACAGAUAGUAUUUUAAUGAUUUAGGCCCCCCAAAGUGAAUGCAUUUGUUUGAUAAAGUAACAAUAAUUUCUUUCACAGUCCCAAAGGGAUAUAGUCUUCCUUCCUUGCUUGAGGAAUUUUGGAAAAUGGAAUGCAUGAUGAGCAAUGUCUUUUUUUGUGUGUACUGCAAGUAUUAUACUCAGGUUACUAUGCCUGAAUUCCACAAUUUAAUGUUUUGUUAUUAAAGCUUUUAACCAAAUUAAUUUGUUUUCAUAUGCAAAACAAAUGUUUUUUUCUGUUUAAGAAUGAAUGUUAAUCUCCUGGAUAUCUCAGUCCGUCUGUUCUGAUUUUGAGAACAGAAUAUAACUAAUAUUGUCACCUUAUUUGUUGGUUUUGAAUGAGAUUGUGCCCUCGGUGUUUCUUUUCAAAAGCUACGGUUCUCAAAUUUUCGUUCCCCUCAUGAACACUAAUGCAGUCAAUAUCAGCCUGGAAAGGUUCUCCCAACCCCUUUUUGAUAGGUAGAAUGCAAAGAGAAGACCUGCUUGAAGCAUGGGAUGUGAUUUUAACUCUGCAUUUAUAACCUACUCUCUCCACGUCAUGGUGCCUUAAGCAAUCUCUUCCUAUGUGCUUCUUCCAGUCCAAUAUUAUAGCAUACCCCCCCAGGGCUGGAUUACUGCAUUUGGAAGUCAGCUAAUUUAUAGCAGUUACAUACUGCUAUUCUACACAUUUUGGCAUGAGCCUGAGAACAUUUUGCCAUUUUUUAAAGCUCAUUUUGGGCAAUUCUACAUAUAUCUGGGGGCCCCUGACCUCCAAGGGGAAGCAACCCUGGGGCAUAUGCCCUGCGUGCCAGUUCUGUAAUCCAGCCCUGUUUGUUUCCCCGUCACCGCUAUGAAUGAUGCAAUCGUAUGUAAAUAUGAGUUUUUGGGGUAUUUGUUGCGUUCUUUCCUGUUUUGAAAGACAUGUUAGAAGCACAUACCCCUGAAUGGUGUUAUACACGUUGACUUGGUUGUUUGUCUUGCUGACCUGUGAAAUGCACUGACAUUGAAGGAAACAUGACUCCUUGUAGACUAAGAUGUGUGGUAAUGACUGAUUAAAUAAAUUGCCUAUCAAUUGAG